AUAUUUCGUCGUCAACGCAUUCCGAGUCUUGGACGCAUAAGGCUUAGAGAUUUCCUGCCCGUUUUCGUCCAGCUUUCGCUGUCUUCUUUGCUAAGAAACCAAUUUAAAAAGCUGUUGGUGUGUAUUGAUCAUAUGGAGUUGUUCCGUACAGCCAAAGCCGUCACACUCCGGAGCCACCUAGACAAGUACCUGGUCGCUGACGACGACAAGGAAACGGUUCGCCAGAGCCGAAAUGGUUUGUCCCGGAAAGCCAAAUGGCUGGUCGAAGGCAGCGGCCAUGUCAUCCGCCUCAAGAGCUGCCACGGCCGCUACCUCACGGCCUCCGACACGGCCUAUCUUCUGGGUAUGACUGGGAAAAAGGUGACUCAGACGGUGCCGGGGAAUACAUCGGACGCGUUAAUUGAGUGGGAGCCAAUACGGGAUGGGUUUCAGGUGAAGUUCAAGACUCGGGGUGGGAAAUUUUUGCGAGCGAACGGAGGGACGCCGCCGUGGAGAAACUCGGUUACUCACGAUUACCCUAACAGCAGUGCAACACGGAACUGGAUUCUUUGGGACGUGGAACCCGUGGAAGUGCCGGAAGUUGAUCCAGUGGCGGACUACCUAUCCUCGCUGUCGAGCUUUUCUUCGAUUUCCGAUGAUCUCUUUGGUUCGGAGCCGGCGUCGCCGAUGUCGAUAACGGCCACCGAGCCAUUCGGCCUGUCUUCGAAGAGGAUCGCAAUGGAGUUGUUUCACAACGCCAAGGCCGUUCGCCUCCGUAGCCAUCACGACAAGUACCUGCUGGCCGACGACGACGAAGAGUCCGUUAUCCAAGAUCGGAGCGGCUCAUCCAAGACUGCGCGAUGGACCGUGGAGCUGGUCAAAGACGCCGACAACAUCAUCCGCCUCAGGAGCUGCUUUAACAAGUACCUCACCGCUUCCAACCAACCCUUCCUCUUGGGCAUGACUGGUCGCAAAGUCCUCCAGACUCGCCCUGGGAGGCUUGACUCCUCCGUCGAGUGGGAACCCGUAAAAGAGGGCAACCGAAUCAAGCUCAGAACUCGCUACGGUAAUUUCCUCCGAGCCAACGGAGGGCUGCCGCCGUGGAGAAAUUCGGUGACCCAUGAUGUUCCUCAUAGAACGGCUACCCAAGAUUGGAUCCUUUGGGUUGUCGAUAUUGUUGAAAUUCAGAUUCGGUCUCCCACUGCUAAACCCCCGCUCCAAUCCCUCUCCCAUUCAGAUUCUUUUGCGAGCGCAUCUGAUUCGAGUUCGCCUUCCUCCGUAUCAUUACACCCUGCCAGUUUUUCAAGACAAGAGUCCAAUGAUUCCUUGGAGAAUUCUCCCCCAAAAACUGAGGGUAGGACCAUAUACUACCAUGUUGCUGAUGACAAUGGCAAUGUGGACGACUCUGCCGGAGGGCAGUAUUUCACACUGAAGGAAAAUGGGGUUUUUGAAUUGACUCGCAGAUUGGAGGAAGAGACGGGGUUAGAGGAUAUCAUUGUCUGUUCUCGGAGUAACUUGAAUGGAAAGCUUUAUCCCCUGCGCUUGCAACUUCCUCCAAACAAUGCAACUAUGCAUGUAAUUGUAAUCCAAGCAUCAUCAAAAGCUGCAAGAAGUUUUGCAAAACCUGGGAUCCCAUGACGAAAUUCAUUGAGUUGGCAUCACAGUUUUGUUCACAACAUAAAUGCUCAACUACAUGUUCUGUACAUUCUACUUCAGGCCUGUUCAUAAGCUAGCUGAGAUAUCCAGGAAUCAGCUGUGUAACGAUUUGCCCCGCAGCAAAAGUCGUGGAUGGAAGCUAUAAAAGAAGAAAAUGGAAAACACUACAGCUACUGUAAGGGGGUCAUAAAACCAACACUGCCUCCAUCAGUGAUUAUUAUUCUCUUAAAUAUUGGAACCUAUUUUCUUUGAGGGCUCUGCAACUGAGUCUGUUGUAAAAUUUUGUGGUUACUUUUGGACAUGGGCUGAUCACUUUUUAUCUCCUGAUUUUCUUCCACAGCCUGCGCAACGGAUUCUGUUGUAAAAACCUGUUUGCUAAUCCUUUUUAAAUUUGGAUUGAUGGUUUCAUCUCUUUCCUUUUCUAAUGUAUCAACUACACUUGUAAGAAGUCUUCGAAAUAGGACUUGUGGUAAACGUACUCCUAUCAUUAUUUUAUUUAUAUUUUUUUUUAAAUUA